AUGUCUCAGAAGGAAGUUCUUGCGAAAACCAAUGAUGAGUCUGGUGAUGAGUACAUGUCACAGGAGGAAGAGGUUUUUGAUGGUAACGAUAUUGAAAAUAAUGAGAACAAAGUUUAUGAAGAGUCUCUAGAUUUGGAUCUUUCUCGCAGUAACAGACAAGUUUGGCUAUGUCGGUUACCCAUGUUUCUAGCCGAAAAAUGGAGAGACAGAAAUAAUAUUCAUGGUCAAGAGUUGGGAAAGAUUAGGAUAAAUAAAGAUGGCAGUAAGAUUAAACUGGUACUCAAUGAAAACGACAGCGAUUCGAUACCGCAUGAAUAUGAUCUUGAACUAACGAAAAAAGUUGUCGAAAACGAAUAUAUAUUUACUGAGCAGAAUUUAAAGAAGUACCAGCAAAGGGUAAGGGAAUUGGCCUCUGAUCCCGAGAAGCAAAGACAAGCAUAUAUCAAGAAACAGGAGAGGGAAGAAGAGCUCAAAAAGAAACAGCAACAACUUAAACGUAGAAACAAUAGAAGAAAGUUCAAUCACAGAGUUAUGACAGAUAGAGAUGGUAGGGAUAGGUAUAUUCCUUACGUGAAGACCAUACCAAAAAAGACAUCUAUAACAGGAACUGUGUGUCAUGAAUGUCAAGUAAUGCCUUCGAUGAAUGAUCCCAACUAUCAUAAAAUCGUCGAACAAAGAAGAAAUAUUGUUAAGAAUUACAAUAAAGAAAAGAUAACAACUCUGGAGCAAACCGUUGGUGUGACAAUGAGUCAUACUGGUAUGUCCAUGAGAUCUGAUAAUUCAAAUUUCUUGAAAGUUGGUCGUGAAAAGGCAAAGAGUAAUGUUAAAUCCAUUCGUAUGCCUAAAAAGGAGAUUCUGGAUUAUCUAUUCAAACUAUUUGAUGAAUACGAUUAUUGGUCGUUGAAAGGUUUAAAAGAACGUACAAGACAACCAGAGGCACAUUUGAAAGAUUGCCUGGACAAAGUUGCCACGUUGGUGAAAAAGGGCCCAUAUGCAUUCAAAUAUACGCUGAGACCGGAAUACAAGAGAUUAAAAGAGGAAGAAAGAAAGGCCACUCUUGGUGAGCUAGCAGAUGAUCCCUCUGGUAACGGUGACGGAUUCAACGAUCUAAAUGAAGGUGAUGGCGAUGCUGAUGCUGAAAACGAGGAGGAUAUGGAAAUGGAGGACGUUGUCUAG